AUCACAGGGGAGCCUGGAGGGAGGCAGGUUGAUGUAUCACUACAACAGGUAUCACACCUACCCCAUCUGAAGCAGCUCUCCGCCCAUCAGAGUAUUGGCGGUGUGUGGCGCACGGCGCACAGCGUGGACUUGGAGACGUCUUGGCAGUAGACUAUUACGCACGACACGAUAAACACGAAAGCCUCCUUUUUGAGGGAUAGGACACUGAAGCUGAACUGGACUGACUUUCAACUUCUGAUUUGGAAAGCACUUCUGUGGCCGCCUCUUCAAGACAUUUUUCCUGUCGGCGGAUGAGACUCGGAUCCUCUCUUCGCAGCAGCAGUAGUUUCUGGAUGACUCCCCCCCCCCCUUUUAUCCUCGGGUCACGGCGACUAUAGAGGAAGAGAAACGAUGUAGCUUGGGGAGAAAACAAACUCAACAGAGUAACAGUUUUUUUUAGAUCCCUCAAAGAGAGGAUGAUCCCACCUGCCAAUAUGAUUCAGGACGAAAGUGGGGGCAAAGAGGACGAACAGGACCCGAAUGGGACACCCAAAUCCCCGACGGCGAACGCCAGCCAGCAGGAAACCAAGAAUACUGUGAGGCCUGAACAUCAGAAGCACAAGCUGCAGAGACUCAAGCGCUCCUUGUCCUUCAAGACCAAGAGCGUCCGCAGCAAGAGUGCGGACAACUUCUUCAGGACCAGCAGCGACAACAAGACAGAGCUGCUCUCUGACGUGAGCAGCAGCACGGGCCAUCUCUGCAACAUCGGGAUGGCCCCGCCGCACACCACCAACCUCCCCAUCCCUCCAGUCCCUCCAGCCAUCCCCAGCGCUCCUCCUCCCACGUCGCGCUCCCAGUCACGCAACCCGCUGCAGGUGGACUCGGCAGGACACUGCUUCAUGGAGCACAUCUUCAAGAAGCCCACAUUCUGUGACGUCUGCAACCACAUGAUCGUAGGUACAACAGCUAAGCAUGUGGUGUUCCUGGCGGGAAACACCGCAAAGCACGGCCUCCGCUGCAAAGCCUGCAAGAUGAGCCUGCACCACAAAUGUGAGAAUGGAGUGGGACAGCAGCGCUGCAUGGGCAAACUGCCAAAAGGCUUUCGCCGGUACUACAGCUCUCCAUUACUGAUCCAGGAACAGUAUGGCUGCAUCAAAGAAGUCAUGCCCAUCGCCUGUGGCAAUAAGGUGGAUCCCGUGUAUGAGGCCUUGAGGUUUGGGACGUCGCUGGCACAAAAGGCCAAGAGGGCCAGCGGCUCUGAGUCUCCACAUGGAAACUCGACCAGUGACUUGGAUAAGGUUCCAGAGGAAGUGGUGGCUCACAGCAGCAGGCAGGAGCUGUCGAGAAAACACAGCGAUGAUGUUUUCACAGUCAUUGAGAAUGGGACGGAGCAUUGCCACCAGCCAGGGAGAAAGCCUGACGAUUUGCAGUUGGAGCAGAGCCAGCUACAGAAAGACGUCCUCAAGCUCAACACCUAUGUGGCCUUGCACAGCUUCACUGCCCAAGACAGCCAUGACCUAGAGAUGAGCGCUGGGGACAGAAUUUUAUUGGCUGAUGACUCCAAUGAUGACUGGUGGAAGGGCGUAAUUGAGGACAGGAUCGGUUUCUUCCCAGCAGCCUUUGCUCAUCAGGUGCAGGCGGGGGACCAAGUGUUCAGGUGUAACAGGACAUUUAUCGGCUGUAGGGAACAAGGCCAGAUCACCCUGAAGGAGGGACAGAUCUGUGUGAGCAGUGAGGGCGAACGCAGCGGCUUCAUCAGAGUGGCGAGUGGAAAGAGGAGAGGCUUCGUGCCCUGUGACGUUCUGGAAAUCAUCUGAGACAAACACUUGGAGAAAUGAAGAGAGAGAGAGAGGGAGGAAGAAUCAGCCGCCUGGAGGUCAGAAGAGGAGGAAGCUGAACCUACAUAAUGGCUACCAGAAACCAGCGAGGGAGUUUGCCUCAUCAGAAAUAGAGUUUGGACUUAAAAGUGAUGCUGUUUUUUUCAAUGAGAACUCCAAUUUCAAGCAUCUCCACACAGAGAGAGAUGCUGAGACAACAGAGCGUUUGUUGUUCGCAGGGAGACAGGAGGUCACUGUUUCACUGCAUCUGGUUUAAUUUUUAGAGCCGAUGUGCGUUCUUUUUUUCCCCCCUUCAUUUUUAUUCUGCUACAAGCUGUAUAUUUUUUGAAACUGCUGGCUGGAAACAAACACUUACUACAAUGAUUGUUUUCAAGGUUUCAAUACAUACAAACGCUUCCUCCUGCAAACAAUUUAGUUUCUGAAGCUUUUUACAUUAUGCUCCAAGCAAAAGUUGAGCUUUUAUUGCAAAGUAGUCAGCAAUAGGCAACGAAAUAUCUGAUUAUUUUGGAUGACAAAACCCUGACACCAGAAGGUGAUAGAAAAAUUGGAUGAGAAUAAGGUACAAGGUGGAUUUUUAAAAAAUCAUUUUACAACACAGUUGUAUAACAAGAUUAAGUUGUAGUUCCCUCAUAAAAGCAAAUGUUACAGACAAAAAUAAUUGACAGUAGAUUGGUGGAUAUAUAAUAAGUCAUGGACAUAAUAUUUUACAUGUUAAGGAUCAAUUGACGAGUCCCAGCCUGGGAAAGAAGCUGCUCUGUGGUCUGACUGUAGAUACUUCUGUAUCUCUUGCCAGACGGCAGCUCUUUGAACAGGCUGUGGCUGGGUAUUACACAAUGAAAAUAGAACAUUUACUUUCUUUGAAGCCUCAAAUCUUCCUUAAAAUCUCUCAAAAACAAACUUCCUGUAUAACUAGAGAACAUUUACAGUCCUAUGACAGAACUAAAGAACAGAUGAGAAACAUCAAAGCACAUCAGAUGCAACAAAGAGACGCGGGGGAGGAUUUUCAAAGGAGUGACACAAUCAAAGACUUCUGAUAUUCUCAGUGGUCUUCCAAAAAUAUCGCCCUCGUACUCCCCAGGUUUAUAGUGUCUCACUCACUGCGGUCCAGGAUUUUACUUAAUGAUGAUGGUAACAUUUACAUUUUUAUCAUCAUUAGAGUCAAAACGACUAUACGAGUUUGUUAUGUACCAGGUGUAACAUUUUGCCUUGUCUCCAUGCUGCAGAAUCUACCAGAUUGAUCUUUUAAGGCUUUUAAAAAUAUUUAUUUGUCAUUGAUUUAUUAAUUGAUUUAAUGUUCUCUCUUCUUGGUUGUUUUUGUCAAAGAUUUCACUGCUUCAUUGCUACAAAGCAGAAGUGGAUGAGAAGGUACAGCUACGAUAUAAUCAGGACAGUAAUGAUUUCAUCCUCAGCGCUCAUGUGAUCAGCUGGCCUGGGAUUGUAUGAUGGUGUCUGUAAGACAAUGAAACGUAAGAAAACGAUACAUUUCUAGUUAGCGUGUUAACUUUAAAUGUCAUCACUCGUGCGGUUUCCCUCAUUUCUCGGCACGGUACUGAACAGCUCUUUGUUCAGAUUCUAGUGAAGUGCAUUUAGGGAAAGGUGUUGCAUCAUUGUAGAUAUAGUAUAUCUUAUACAGGUUGUUCUGCACUGAAACUUGGCGUUAUUGAAUGUCCAAGAAUUCUACAUUGUACAUACUGUACAUACAAGAUUAAAGUUUCUUCUUUAUCACAACAACUGUGAGUGUAUUAUGAUGAUUUUUGUGCUGUCUUUUCUUCUUUCUGUAACACUGAGUUAUUGCAAUUAACUAUAAAUCUAUCUGAAAGGAUUAUUCCUGAUUUUCUAUCACGGUUCUCUUUCCUCUCAUUCUUAUUAAUAAUCCAUCGAUAAUAAGCUCAGCAUUCGCUCAAGUGGGCUCCCAGAAAAUGAUGCAUCAGGCAGUUGCAGUUAUGCAUAUUUUGAUGUGAUUCAGUUGCCAGUCAAAACAAGUGGAUUGUGACUGAGUUAUACAGAGUGCGUAAAGAACCAAAUCCAUUUUCAAGCAAGAAAGUGGUAAAAACCAAAGUUAAUGGGAAGUCAAGUAAGAAGUGCUCAGAGAUCAUCUGUCCCAAAGUCUUAAUGUAACAUUUUUAUCAUUUUAAUUAUCGACUACAAAUCACACAAAUUGUGGGAAAUCAAAAUUAAUUUGUCUAAGCUUUAAAACGACAAUUAGACAUUAUUCUUUGUACGUGUAUGUACAAGAGCCCAUUCUGAUGCAAGAAAGACUCCAAAAGGAAGACUGAGUGUCUCCCAAAACAUAAAACAUUAAGCGAAAUGAGAUCAAGCAUCUUCUAUGAAUGCUGUGUGGCACCAGCGGCACAUGUGAUUUUACAAGGAGUACUUUAAAAGUAUCUAAUUUAAUAAAAAAAGGAACAUCAACCAAAAUAGCUCUAUUUGAGAACUUGACCUAAAGAUGAUUUUAUGCCAAUAUGGAAGAGAAAAAGUCCUAAAAGUAGUAAGAAUAAUGGAAAGUUAUUAUUGGGUGCUUGCCAUGUUUGAAAUAGUUUUUUUUAUUGUUUUAGUGUGUUCUUUUUUUGUGUGUGUAAAACUUGUACAGUCCCAUGACAACUGUGCAAAACUCAUCUGCUAAUAAAGUGAUACGGUUGGCCUUGA